UCCUUCAUGGUCAAACGUAUACCGACCCUUUUUCUCGGAGAAAGAUUUGUCACCAGUCUACAAAUUACACAUGCGGCAUGCACAUUUCCAAUAUGGCGUUCGACGAAGCGAGAGCCACGGUUGCUUCCAUGCUGAAAGGAAUUGAUAGAUACAAUCCAGAGAAUCUUGGAAAACUAGAACGAUAUGUGGAAAUACAGGCUUCAGAGAAUCGAUAUGACCUGGAAGCAAAUUUGGCAGUUUUAAAACUGUACCAGCUGAAUCCAGGCACCUUCAAGGUCAAUGUCGCAGCUAUGGUUCUCCUGAAGGCUCUUACCAACCUUCCGCACACAGAUUUCAUCCUCUGCAAAUGUCUCAUUGAUGAGGUCCAUCAACAAGAACCUCCACUGCUGACCAUCAUGUAUCUAGCCAACCUCCUGGAGACGUGUGAAUUCAAGCGCUUCUGGAGUGAGUGUGAUGGAGCAACAAGUACAUUAUUCAUGGGAAUUACAGGUUUCAAAGAUUCUAUUCGAAAAUAUAUCUGCCACAUUCUGAAAAUCACUUACCAAACUAUUGACCGGCGGCAACUGGGAGACCUUCUAGGUUAUCUGAGUGACCAAGAACUGAACCACUGGAUGAACAAGUACGGUUGGAAACCUCUGGAUGGAAACUGUGUUUUUAUCAAUCAACAAGAGGAGAAUAUCAAGACCAAGAACAUCACAGAGAAGAUCAGCUUUGAAAGUGUGGCUUCAGUGAUGAAACUUUCACAGUGAAACACACCAAACAAGCUGCAAAUUAAUACAGUCGGCAAACAACACUACACAAACAUCUUUAUCCAUCCUGAGUGUACAGCUCAUCAAGUUGAUGGCACACUGAAAGGUUUUUCUGAGCGGAUCUCGAUGACCGUGUGAAUGGAACAGUGUCACACCUUGGAUAUGUGGGACUGGCACGGUAUCGUCCAACUUGAAUUGAAAUUUACUAUCGUAGCUUCAGGUCCCUUACUCCUCCGUUUGAAAAGUCUGUCAGAAUUUUGCCCAAAAGAAUGUACACGCUCCAUAGAAAAACCACCUCUGUGGAGGUUUAAGUAGUUGAUUCACAUCCAACUUAAGCCCUCAUGAAUUACACUGAUUAAUGUUUCCCUCUGCAACAAGCUGGAUUCUGUACCACAUACCACCAUUUGCAUUAUUACACACCAGCGUAGUUCAUUCUUAUCCCUAGUGGGCUUGCUCCACAUUGAACUCACGAUCAGGUUCUGCACUCACCCUGAUUAGGCUCAUGGAAGACAAAGUCCGUCUUUGUCCCCAUUGUGUAUGCUGAGGAAUAGUGGUCCUGGUGGUUGUUCUUUUCCUGUUGAUCUACUCAAAUUCACAGGACAAUUUGUGUUUAGAAAGUGGUGUUUAGAAUCGUGCAUGUUGUCAUGCAGUUAUUUAAUCAAGCUUUACUCUCAACAUUUGUGCGACUCUUCCCUUUAAAUUUGUUAUCUUUCAGUUGCUGUCACAUUCAACAGCAUAUUCUGCAGUAUCCAAGAGUGGAUAAGUUAAUAGAUAUUGUUACCUCAUGCAAUGGUGAGCAAAUGGCAUGUUCUCAAUCAGGUGAAUUCUGAUGAGUGCCGAGACAGUAGCUCUCAAGUACAAGUAUCGACUGCUUUGAUAGCUAGUCUCAGAAGAACACCCUUGGAACUCAUAACCUCAGAAAGCAUAUUUUAUCAAAUUGCCAAACAGAACAGUCAGUGUUUGUUUCAUAACACCUCACCCAUAGAUUUUGAAGUCGUGGAGAUAUGAAUUAAACCAAACACUAACAGAAAUGGGAAGGGUUGAUUUCCUCACUUUCUCCUCUUACAAGUACAUUAUUUCCCCUUUUUUUGUCAUGCCAACUCCUAACGUGCACUCAAGCACAUGUGUCUUCAAAGUGUGCAUAGAUGCAGAACUCCAUGUAGUAGUACUUGGAUUAUUACACAUACAUGUAUAUUGUACAUUUGAGAACCAGGGUUGUGGCAGUCUGUAUUGGAGUGCAUUGUAAAAUGAUAAAAAUAGCAAAUAUCAUGUGACAUGCACUUGGCCAAUGAAGAGACAGAAUCCGUCAGUGAGGUGUUCUAUCAAUCAGUCACUGCUCUACCCAGCAGACUUUCUGUUCCUUAAACUCUUACAGUAGAUAAAAUUUGAGGAGGGCAGUUUGGACAUGUUGGAAAUGAACACGAUGCUGUGUAUAGAAGAAUUGUGAGAGAAUCACUUGUAGUCUGUGUAACCAAAGAUUGGAUGCUGGCUGUUGAAUGCUUUCCUACCUGUAUGUUCAUUUUGACAUUCUCUUUAGGUAUUUCAUGUUCCCACCCACUUAAGUGAAAACCCAGAACUUUCACAAAGACCACAGAUGUUUUAGUCCCAUGUGAUCUGUUCACACCUUGGGUAGAUAUUGGAUGCGAGUGCUUGCAUGCAAUGGGCAAGGUUAUCUAUUUGGUAACGGUAUAUUUUUUUUAACGUUCCCACCCCUGGGUGACACUUCCAAACAUUAAAACAAAUUUGACAUCUGUUAUUCAUAGUCACCAAUAGAUAUUGGAUAUAUAUGAACGCUUUCCUUUGUUCUGAGCAUUCCUGUCGGUAUUUUAUGUCUUGACCCAUUUAUGACACCUGAUUAUCCAAUUGUGCAAGCACAUUAUCUGUUCACCUAUUGGUACAUGUUCCUGUACAUUUCAGUAUAACAAUGACUAGACAAUAAAGAGAAUUGUAAUAAACUGGUAA